AUGCCGGCCAAGACAUCUGCCAAGAAGAUGGCACCCACACCCAAGACAACGGAGGACAUCUGCCUACGUCGCCUGGAACGUCGUUCAAAAGAGAGUGUAGAGAAACAAGUUUCGCUAGCCGAGACCAUAUCACCCUUGGAUACCUACCCACCGUUACUACGCAUCCCAUCUGAAAUUCGGAGAGAGAUCUUCCGAUAUGUCUUACCAUCAUCAAACAAGCGAUUCGUUCUCUACACCGACUGCGACGCACGAUCCAUCAGCAGGAAAUGGAACAAGAACUGCCGCCCACACCCAGAUAGACACUUGACUCUGGAUGUUUUACGAACGAACCGCCUGAUUUAUCACGAAUGCCUGCAAAUCAUAUACUCGGAAAACCAGUUCCAUUUCUAUGCAUUCAACUAUCUGCCUGUUCUGGACUUUAUACGUCAUCUUAGCCCUGAAGCUAAGAAUCAAGUCCGCAAUGUACGGCUUACACCCUUGACGGAUAAGCAGGAUAAUCCGCCAGCGUCGCACGAUGUCUUCUGUACCGUCAUGCAUGACUCUUUGCCUGGACUCAGCCAACUACAGGCAGAUCCAGUAGUCUUCUUCUAG